GGAAAGGAGUAUGGAACUGAAAUCUGCAGCUUGCUGUAAAUGCAUCUGUAGGAAGAACUGAGGCUUGCUAGAGACUUGGACUGUAUUUGGCUGACCCAAGAUGUGGCAUUCUGUAGCUGUAACAUGUUUGAUCCAUGGAAUUAUUUUGGUGCAAGGACUCUCUGACAGCAGGUCAAAUGACAAUCCUGAAAUGUAUAUGAAUAUUAGUGAAAUAAUUCAAUACAGGGGAUACCCCAGUGAGGAGUAUGAUGUUGUGACAGCAGACGGCUAUAUCCUCAGUGUUAACAGAAUUCCUCAUGGGAAAGUAAAUGCUGACAAUGCAGGUCCAAAGCCUGUUGUGUUUCUGCAGCAUGGUUUACUUGCAGAUGGUUCCAGUUGGAUCAUUAAUCUGGCCACAAACAGCCUGGGCUUCAUUCUAGCAGAUGCUGGCUAUGAUGUUUGGAUAGGAAAUAGUAGAGGGAACACUUGGUCCAGACGACACGUAAACCUUUCAGUGCACCAAGAGGAAUUCUGGGCUUUCAGCUAUGAUGAAAUGGCUAAAUAUGACCAUCCAGCAGUGAUAGAUUUUAUUGUGCAGAAAACUGGACAAGAGAAACUGUAUUAUGUUGGACAUUCAGAAGGCACCACGACAGCUUUUAUAACAUUUUCAACCAUGCCCCAGCUGGCUCAAAGAAUCAAAAUGUAUUUUGCUUUAGCUCCUGUAGCCACACUUAAAAAUGCGCAAAGCUUGUUGACAAAGCUUGCAUUACUUCCCGAUGCAGUGAUCAAGACUGUAGUUGGUACAAAAGAAUUCAUACGACAGAAUUUUUUUGCUGACUUGUUUGCUGCUGAAUUUUGCAGCCAGGGCAUGUUAUCAGAGUUUUGUGGCAACCUCAUGUUUGAGCUGUGUGGAUUUAAUGAGAAGAACUUAAAUAUGAGCCGAAUAUAUGUGUAUAUAACACAUGCCCCAGCUGGAACCUCUGUACAAAACAUAAUUCACUGGAAACAGGCGAUUAAAAGUGGUAAACUGAAAGCUUAUGACUGGGGAAUACCAUCUAACAAAGUCCACUAUGAUCAGGAUACUCCGCCCAUAUAUAAUGUGACAGACAUGCAAGUCCCAACUGCAAUGUGGAGUGGUGGAAAUGACUGGCUUGCUGACCCUAUCGAUGUUGACCUUUUGCUCCCACAAGUCACUAAUCUGGUUUACCACAAGGUGAUUCCUGACUGGAACCAUCUGGAUUUCAUCUGGGGCCUCGAUGCACCUGAGCGCAUGUAUAAUGAAAUCCUCGACUUGAUGAGGAAGAAUACAUAAAAAUGUGGCUUUGGGAUCAAGGAUUAUAUUAAUUUCU